AUGGCGCUCCCCCUCAUAAUCAUCUCCUUUCUCGCCCUCCUCGCCGCCUACAAGCUCUUCCAGCGCCUCCGCUUCAAGCUCCCCCCCGGGCCCCGGGCCCUCCCCGUCGUCGGCAACCUCUACGACCUCAAGCCCGUCCUCGUCCGCUGCUUCACCGAGUGGUCCCAGAUCUACGGCCCAAUCUUCUCAGUCUACUUCGGGUCCCACCUCAGCGUGGUGGUCAACUCCGCCGAGCUGGCCAAGGAGGUCCUCAAGGACAACGACCAGCAGCUGGCCUACCGGAACCGGACGCGACAGAUCAACAAGUUCAGCAAGAACGGGAUGGACCUCAUCUGGUCCGACUACGGCCCGCACUACGUCAAGGUCAGGAAGCUCUGCACUCUCGAGCUAUUCUCCAUGAAGAGGAUCGAGGCGCUCCGGCCGAUUAGAGAAGAUGAGGUCACCGCCAUGGUUGAGUCGAUUUUCAAGGACUGCGUCAAGCCUGAAAACAAGGGCAAGGCUCUGGUCCUCCGCGAGUACUUGGGUAUGAUGGCCUUCCUUCACAUCACGCGGCUGAGCUUUGGGAAAAGGUUCAUGGACUCGAAUGGAGUGAUCGACCAACAGGGAGAGGAAUUAAAGGGAAUUCUAAACAAUGGGAUUAAAUUAGGCACCAAGAAAUCGUUCGCCGAGUUCCUCCCCUGGCUUAGGUUCUUGUUCAAGGCCGAGAACGAGGCAUUGAACGAGCACGAUCUCCGUGCAGACAGUUUCACCAAGAAAAUCAUGGAGGAACACACCCUUGCCAGGAAGAAGACGGGUAAUACAAAGAACCAUUUUGUCGAUGCCUUGUUGACUCUUCAGAAGGAUUACGACUUGAGUGAGGACACCGUUAUCGGCCUCCUUUGGGACAUGAUAUCUGCCGGCAUGGACACAACCACCAUCACGGUCGAGUGGGCCUUAGCCGAGAUGGUCCGGAACCCGAGGGUUCAGCAGAAGUUGCAGGACGAGCUUGACCGUGUCGUGGGUCGGGACCGAGUCAUGACUGAAGCCGACAUCCCGAACCUCCCUUACCUCCAGCACGUGACCAAGGAGUGCUUCCGGCUACACCCUCCGACUCCUCUCAUGCUCCCUCACAAGGCCAACACCAAUGUCAAAAUCGGGGGCUUCGACAUUCCCAAGGGAGCAACUGUGAGUGUGAACGCGUGGGCCAUUGCACGCGACCCGGCAGUGUGGAAAGACCCGCUCGAGUUUCGACCCGAGAGGUUUCAAAUUGAGGAUGUGGAUAUGAAGGGGACCGAUUUUCGGUUCUUACCCUUUGGGUCGGGCAGGAGGAUUUGCCCGGGUGCACAGCUGGCGAUUUUCUUGGUCAGCUCGAUGCUGGGCCAUAUGGUGCAUCAUUUCACGUUGGACCCGCCUGAGGGGGUUCGACCGGAGGAUAUGGAUAUGAUGGAGCAGCCGGGGACAGUGACUUACAUGAGGACACCGUUGGAGGUGGUGCCGACUCCAAGGCUGCCGGCUGAGCUGUUCAAACGAGUGGCGGUCGGGAAUGUGUGA